AUGACUGAGACAACCAAGAAGAUACUGCCCGUCGAGGGCGAGCGGAAUGUGCUCAUUACCAGCGCGCUCCCCUACGUGAACAAUGUCCCGCAUCUGGGCAACAUCGUCGGCUCCGUACUCUCGGCCGAUGUCUUCGCACGUUUCUCACGCGCCCGAGGGUACAACACACUAUACGUCUGCGGAACAGACGAAUACGGCACAGCAACGGAGACGAAGGCCAUAGAAGAGAAGUGUACGCCGAAGGAGCUAUGCGACAAGUACUACGCGCUGCACAGCGAGGUCUACAAGUGGUUCAAUAUCAGCUUUGACCACUUCGGACGCACACCCACACAGCAACAGACCGAUAUUGCGCAAGACAUCUUCACCAAACUGUACAAGAACGGGUUCCUCGAGGAACAAACCACGACACAACCGUACUGCGAGACACACAAAAGCUUCCUUGCGGACCGAUUCGUCGAGGGCACAUGUCCGUUGUGCGCAUACGAAGACGCGCGUGGAGACCAGUGCGACAAGUGCGGACAUCUUCUCGACCCGCUCGAGUUGAAGAGCCCACGAUGCAAGCUCGAUGGCGCCACGCCCGUUCCGCGCGAGACCAAGCAUGUGUACCUUUGCCUGGACAAGCUGCAGCCAUCAGAAGAGGAAUGGUUCAAGAAGGCGAGCAAGGAGGGUAACUGGAGCUCCAAUGGUGUUCACAUUACUUCAUCGUGGUUGAAAGAGGGCCUAAGACCGCGUGGUAUCACUCGUGAUCUGAAGUGGGGAACUGCGGUGCCGCUUGAGGGCUACGAGGACAAGGUUAUGUACGUAUGGUUCGACGCUUGCAUAGGUUACGUGUCGAUUACAGCAACCUACACCGAGGACUGGAAGAAAUGGUGGCACAACCCCGAACACGUCAAGCUUUACCAGUUCAUGGGCAAGGAUAACGUGCCGUUCCACACGGUGGUCUUCCCCUGCUCGCAGAUUGGUACCAAGGACAACUGGACCAUGCUCAACACCAUCUCAACCACAGAAUACUUGAACUACGAGAAGGGCAAGUUCUCAAAGUCAAGGAACAUUGGUGUCUUUGGCAACAACGCCAAGGAGACCGGCAUUCCAUCUGACGUCUGGCGCUACUACCUUCUCUCACAUCGGCCGGAAACUGGAGAUACCGAAUUCGAGUGGGACGGCUUCAUUGCCGCAAACAACAACGAGCUGCUGAAGAACCUAGGCAACUUCAUCAACCGCGUGAUCAAAUUCGUCAACAACGCCAAGAUAUACGAUUCCGUCGUACCGGACUGGACCAAGUACGACGAUGAGUACUUCACCGAGCACAAGAAGAAGGUCAACGAUCUGCUGAAGACGUACAUUACCGAGCUGGAGGAUGUCAAGAUUCGUGCCGCACUCGCGACCGCGCUUCAUGUCUCGAGCUUGGGCAACUUGCUGCUGCAAGACAAUCGACUUGACAACAAGCUGGCUACAGAACAGCCAGAUCGUUGCGCCGCUGUCGUUGGGCUCGCUUUAAGCCAGAUCCACCUUCUCGCCAGUUUGAUCGAACCAUACAUGCCCGAUACGACAGCCGCCAUCCUCUCCCAGCUGAAUGCCAAGUUCCUCAUCAUCCCCGACAAGUGGGAGGCGCAAUCUAUCCCCGUCGGCCACAAGAUCGGCACUGCCGGCUAUCUCUUCACCCAGAUCAAACCUGAAAAGGAGCAAGAGUGGCGCGAGCAAUUUGGCGGCGAGGAGGCUCGCAAAGCCAAGGAGGAGAAGGCUAAGAAGGCGGCCGCUAAGAAGGCAGAGAAGGAGCGCAAGAAGGCGAAGAAGGCUGCCGGUGCUGACAAGGGUGUUGAAGCUGCAGAGAAGGGUCAAGACGGACCUGCAGCCAAGACUGCCGAGGAGGAGGUAUCGAGAGGCGUUGAGCAGAUCAGCCUACAGACCUCGUAG